AAUUCUAGCGAAUAGGCAUCGGGACGUCGACCGUCCUUUUGUCUACAACAUUAGGAGAGGCAUUUCGACUUCAACGGCAUAUAACCGUCCUCUGAUUCCCCCCUCCCAGGCAGAUUUGCGCCAGCACCUCCUCUACACAUUGGCCCAGCAGCGGCUGAGCAGCACAUUACUGGGCUGUUACCACUGCCAUCAGCUCAACUUCUUCAGCAUCUUUUCAGCUGUCUCUGGCGCUGCUGCCGGAGCUUGCCAGCUUAUCUUUAGUCUCCCUGUCUAGUCCUUUGGCUGUCUACAUCGGAUACACAGUCGUCCAUCGUUUUUCGUCAAUUAGACACAGGCGUAUGUGUUUUGAUUGAUCUGAGGACAUUUCCCAUAGAUAAGAACAGUCUGCACCAAAGACGGGCUUCGGGUAUUAACGUUACCCAAAGAUACAUCACCGAGGUUUAGUUUGAUCACUUCCACAUCAAGCCGCAGUCAUGGAUGAGAUGGACUUGCCCCAGAUGAAGAAGGAGGUAGAAAGCCUCAAGUACCAGCUGGCCUUCAAAAGGGAGAAAUCCUCAAAGACAGUGACAGACCUGGUGAAGUGGAUCGAGGAGUGUGUGCCUGAAGACCCUUUCCUGAAUCCUGAGCUGAUGAAGAACAAUCCAUGGGUGGAGAAGGGCAAGUGUGUGCUUCUAUAAAAGAGCAGCAGCAGCAGCGGUCGCCCCAGCCCUCCGUCUGAGCCUCCACCAGCCUGACAGGAUCACACGGCGCUUGCUCUCUCUGUUUCAUUCCCUCACCAUGAAUGUACAGCAGUUUAGCAUCCACUGCACAACAAAACACACACUCAUACAUACAACAUUUAGCUCUAUGUAGUCACUUGAAGAAUUUGACACUUUGACAUGCAUUAUUAUUAUAUUUAUAACCAUCAAUAUAUCUUUAUAUGUAGUUAGUGGAAUUUCUCUUGCCUACUCGACUUCAGUGUUGUCACACUUGAUCUGGAGUUCAAGCAUGUAGUGUCGACAUCGAAAUGCCAGAAAAGGCCUGUUAGACAACAUACUGCAUGACAGAGGCAAAAAAAAAAACACCAAAAAAGGCAAAGGCAGCAAAUUUGUGAGUUACCCUCUGUUACGCAGCAUGUUCAGUUCUCCUGCAGGCCCGUGCACUAUUUACACCACACUCAGCUGUCUCACUUACAGACAUUUUUAAACAUGUACAGAUCGUUUUAAUUUAUGAACUUAUUUAUGAUCAUUAAUUUAUUUAUUUAUGGUUUGAUUCACUACCUAAGCUGUCGGCGCCGACUGCUUUAGAAGUUACAAUGGACCUGCUGUUGUUCAACUGCACCCUUCCUUCCUUGAAAGCUAUGGAU